AUGGAUGAUUAUAUGUGUGGUAGGUUUAGUACAUUAAGGUUAUUUUAUCCUGAUGAAUUAAACAAACCUUCAUAUUCUGAUUUUCAUAGUAAUGGGAAUAUUAAGGAUUACUGCUCUGAUGGAGAUUCAGGAAACACUAAAGAAUGUAAGACUGAUUUCGACAAAAUUAAGGCUGUAUGUUUAUGGUUGUUUGAGCAAUUGUUUGUGAAAAAUAAUAAUAGUAAUAUCAAUACUCUUGAAUACAUUAUGAUAUGGUUAAGUUAUAUGUUAACCCUAAAGAAAGUUAAAAACAUCAACAAUCUAAAAGGGUUUUAUGAAGCAUAUAUAAGAAAUAAUACGCAUUAUACUAAUUGUAAUACUGGUGGUAAAGAUUGUAGUAAUUUAUUAAAAGAUAAUACGGGAUAUACAAACUAUAAGGAAAUCAUAGAUACAAAAAAGGAUUUGUUGAAUAUUAAUAUUGAAAAUAUGUCUAAAUUUUAUGAUGCAUUUAAAUUAUUAUGUAGCAUACAUACUGAUUUUAAUGAACAUAAGCCAAAUUGCACGGGAUAUAUAGAAAAAUCUAAUGAAUUUGUUUCGAAAUAUACAAAUCUUAAUGAUGAUUCUAAUAAUAUUGAUGGCAGUUCGUAUAGAAAAGUAUUGUGUACUUUAUCAAAUGAUUAUGAUAAUUUUAAAAAGAAAUGUAAUAGUGUUAAUUGCAUGGAUAUUCCAUCCCUUCCACCUAUAAAAAAAAUACAAGUUUCUGUAAACAGUCCUGAACAAACUUUACAAGAUUCUGGAGUUACAUCAUCAAACCCAUCAAUAUUAAGCAAAUUAAUUCCAGUUUUAUCGAUAAUUGUUGCAAUACCAAUAUUCUUUGGAAUUUUUUAUAAGUAUUCGUUAUUUGAAUUCCGGAAACGACCUCAAAAACAACAUUUAAGAGAAAAGCUAAAAAAAUAA